AUGUUUUGAAAAAUAAUAUAAAUAAACUAACUAAAGAAAACUCAUAAUUAAAACUAUGUAAGCUUGCAAAUGUAAUAGGUAAUUUGUGUUUUUGUAAUUUUGUAUACUGAAUGGUAAACUUGUACUAACAAAAUAGAAAUGCAAUAAUGAUUUUACGUAAGGUGAAAAUAUUAACUGAGGAAGUCAAGCUAUUUCAUCACUAGCUAUUUAUAACAUUCAUCUCUAUAAUAAUUAUUAAUACCAAUUUCUUUUAUUUUAUUUACUGAACAAGUAUAAUUUUAAGAAUACAUUUUUUCUUGUAAAACUUUAAUAAUACUACCAUAGUUAAAUCAAUACAUAUAGUUUCUAUGGUUAUAUAGGUACAACUGUUAACAUUUUUACUUCUAAGCCAGUUUUCUAUAAUUCUGAUAAAAAGGGAGAUACCUAUUUAAUUAAUACUUAAUGGAGGUUUAGUGUUUCAGUUUUAUCAUUUUAAUAGCUAAUUUUAUUUGUUUAAAAAUAAUAAUGCCUCCAAAAUUAGAUCAAACAGCUAAAAAAGCUACAAGACUAUCAUUAUCUCAACCAGGCCAGAAAAAACCAUUCAAUAAAGAACUUUCCAGACGCCAAGUAAAGAUAGCUAAGCCUGUGGACGAUAUUAACGGGAUUCCAUCCAAUGAAUCUAUUAAGCCGGAUGACCAAUUAAAAUUAACCGAAGAAGAAUUGGAUGAAGCAAUAAGUAACGUUUUACAAGUCACAGAACCACCGGAAUUAACUGCUCGAGUAUCAUAUAGUUAUAGAGACGGAUCAUUUGUACCAUACAAAAAUAUUCUUCCGUUUAUCACAUUGAUUGAUUUGAAGUCCACGUUAAUAAAUAAAACAACAGAAUGCUUAACAUCAGACAACGACAAAGAAACGGAACUUGAAGAAGUACAAGGAGAAAUUGACCAUGACAAGGGAGAUAUUGAGAUUGAUACUGAUGAAAAUGUUGAUGGGCGAGUACAAGAAGAAGUGGAGGAAGGAGAGAGUGAAGGCGAGGGAGAUUUCCCUAAUGAAGAAGGUGACCAAGGAGAAGGAGGAGAAGAAAUGGACGAGGAAAAAACUUCAAAACCUAAAGCUACAUCUGACUCUGACGAAGAAGCGCCAGUUGUUGUACAAGAAGAUUCUAGUACCAAUAAUAUAAACUCAUCAGCAAAAAAGAGAAAUGCACCAAAAAAACUUAUGAAUCAAUUUAAUUUCUUCGAAAGAUGUGCACUUACAGAAGAAAUAAUUUUAAGAGAUAAAGAAGUUCAAACUACACCACCAACAAAAAAUGAUUUUUGUACAUAUACUACACAAUGGAUUAUUUAUGAUGCUUAUAAUGAAGAUUUCUUGAAACAGCAGGAAGAAAAAGAAAAAGAAAAAAGAGAUAAAAUAGCUGUUCAUGCAAGUAAAAAGAGUGCUAGUAAAAAGAAAAAAAAUGAUGUAACUGAAGAUCAAACCGAAAAAAAUAUGUUAAUCACUGCUAAAUUCUUGGAAAGAAUUAUCAAUUUAAAUACAAUGGAUGCCAUUGCACAAGAUUUUCGGUACUAUGAAGAUCCAUCUGAUCAAUUUAGGGGUAGAGAUGGAACAAUACUCCCAUUGUGGACAAUGACAUAUGACAAAGCUGACAAUUUAUAUGUGACUGAUAUAAGUUGGAGCCCAGAUUAUUUCGACAUGUUCGCUGUUACACUAGGAACUUCUCAAGGGCAUUUACCAUUAACUGACAGUCCAGAUGUGGGUUAUGUAUGCUUAUGGUCUUUGAAAAAUCCAUCAUACCCCGAAUACAUAAACCAGACGCAUUGUGGAGCGAUGUGUUUAGACUUCCAUAGAAAUCACGGGUUUCUCCUGGCUGUUGGAUUCCAUGAUGGUCAUUUGGCUGUAUAUAACGUUAGCUUGCCAACAAAAGAAGCUCAAUAUAUGACAGACUCAGUAAAUACUAAACAUAUGGCUUGCGUAAGACAGGUAGUUUGGGUAAAAGAUUUACCCGAUGGCGAAUUAAAUUUUUAUUCUAUAUCUGAAGAUGGGACAGUUUGUAAUUGGUUAUUAAUGCAAAGUGAAAUGUCAAAAACCAUUAUAGUUACAUUAGUUUUAGACAUUGAACCUCAAAUAACACUUGGUGGAAUUAGUGAAACGUUAAUUGGUAGAGGCACAACAAUUGCUUUUCAUCCUGAAAAUAGUGGGAUAUAUUUGGUUGGAACCAAUGAAGGCUAUAUAUUUAAAUGUAACACACAAUGGAGCUCAUUUUUUAUGCAAAAAUUUAAAGCUCAUGAAAUGUCAAUUUACAGAAUUGAUUAUAAUAAAUAUGAUCCAAACAUUUAUUUAUCAUGUAGCGGUGAUUGUACGGUUAAAAUAUGGGAAGAUAAAUCUGAUAUACCACUUUUGAUAUUUGAUCUCCUAUGGAGUGUGUCUGAUGCUCUUUGGUCACCAUUCUCAAGUACUGUUUUUGGAGUCAUCACCGAAGAUUGCGAUGUAGUAUUUUAUGACUUAGACGCAGAUAAAUAUAAAAAUAUUUGCUGUCAGCCUAUACAACCUGAAAGUCAAUACCAGCUUACCAAGUUGGCGUUUAAUUGGCGGAUGCCUGUAAUAAUUGUUGGUAGCUCAAAAAGUACAGUGAUCGCAUUAAAAAUGUCACCUAACCUUCGACUGAUAAUGAAACCACCGAAAAAAGGUAAACAUUAUACUACGCAAAUGUUGGAAUUAGAAAAAUUACACAAAGCUUUAGAUUCAACUCGAGAACCAGAUACUUUGGUUGUACCUGCUGAUGAUGACACUACAGAUUCAUAAAUUAACUCGCAUUACGCAUAAUGGCAUAUAAUAUAAAAUAAAAUACAAGCAUUACAUUUUAAUACUAUCUACUAUCUUAUACAUUCAAAGAAAUAUGAUUGUUUUACAAUUAUUAUAUCGCUCUUUAUUUUUUUAAAUACUAUACGUGACGUCGUAGUGGCGUAUAAAAAUAUAUUUAAAUAUACGAGCUGGUAUAUAAAUAAAUAUAUUUAAGGUAUAUUUCAUUGUGUAGUAGAUAUUUAUACUUUAAUUUUAGUAUCAAACUAAAUCAACAUCCGGUUGUAGUAAACUCAAAUAUAUAAUUAUUACUUUAUUUCAAUUCAUAAUUGUAUAAUAUAUUAAUAUGUAUAUUAUUGUAGUUAAAGUAAAUAAUAUAUGUAUACUAUAUUAUAGUGUACGUGCCAACUAUAGAUAUUUAAUUAUAAUAUUAAACAAACAGAUAAGUACAUAUUAUAAUAUUGACGAUCGGUGCGGAACUUUAUUAAUAUUAUUAAUAACUAACGUGACGGUCACUACUAGGACUCAUAUCAAAAGUCAAAACACGAGUAGAGCUCCUAAAAUUUUUACAGAAUAAAUAUUGCAGUUCUACUCAUUCUAGAGAAUUUAUUCACACAACUCAGUGUUAGAUUAAUACUCGUUGUGGACUUGGUCACACCUACAUAACAACGAGUAUUUAAUCAUUCUCAAUCUUAGAACUUAUAUACGUAUAUGUAGCAUAUCCGCAUACAACUAUGUUGGGUUUAAUUACCUAGUGAUUUAAUUACAUUUUACUGUAAACUAAUAAUUGUAUAUUGUUUGUUUAAAAUUUCCUAUGCUGCUAUGUUUAUUUAGUAUGAUAAUUGUCAACAGUUUUAGGAUUAAUAUUAUACUAUUAGUCAUCAGUAUAAUAUACCGGAUGAUAUAUUU